AGCGACACGUCCGCCCUCUCCACCACUCAGCGCCACUCAUGGCGGGCCCAACACCCACUAUGCAUGUUUUCACGUGAGGCUAUACCCGUUGACGUUAUGCAUAGGAUCCGCCCACUAUGUCGAUCCCGGCCAUCUCGCCCUGGAUGGGCACAGCUCCAUUGUACUCCUUCGAGCGCGUCUGGAAAACUUCAUCACUUCGCGACGUCGAGUGAGCCUCUAACACCACAGCUCGACCUGGUUUCGUGGACACAAUGGCGAUCAAGAAGCCGUCCCUGGCGCCGUAUUUUGCCUUCUUUCAGCUUCUCUUCUACGCAAACCCUACCUGGCUUGACAAGCUACUCAUCUGUACUGGAGCCGUCUUUGCCAUUGCAGCUGGUGUUCCGUUUCCGCUUAUUGGUAUCGUUUUCGGUCAACUCGUCGACAACAUCAACGAUGCAACUUGCAACAACCGGAAUGGCACGGGGAGUACCGGGGAUAUGUCGUCGAUAAACGAGAAGGUCCUCCUCCUUGUAUACAUUGCCAUUGCAAGUUUCGCCUGUAUCUACAUCCACCUUGUAUGCUGGAACAUAGCAUCGCAACGGCUAGCGCAACGCAUCCGAGACCGUUACCUCAGGAACCUCCUACGACAAGAUCUCGCCUUCUUCGACAACCUCCAGUCAGGAGAAGUAUCGUCUCGUCUCAAUGGCGAUAUUUCAGCAAUUGAAGGUGGAACAGGCGAGAAGUUUGGCGUUGCCUUGACCUGCAUUUCUUUCUGUGUGACAGCAUACAUCGUUGGAUUUAUCAAGAACGCCGAGCUUGCAGGGAUGCUUGUUUCUUUGAUCCCAGCCUUCCUUCUCAUGGCAGUGAUUGGCGGUCACUACGUUGGCAAAUACACAGUCAGCCUUGGAGGUUACUUUGGAUCAGCCAGUGCGCUCGCCUCAGAAGCGCUGAGCAACAUUGGUCUCGUUCACGCCCUUGGUGCUAAUGAGAGACUCGAGAAGAAGUUCCGUGACCAUCUGGGAAACGCUCGCCAUGCCGGUAUCCGCAAAGCCCUAGCUGCAGCCGUCAUGGCUGGGUUGCUCUACUUUAUUGCUUUCUCGGCCAGUGCGCUAGGUUACUGGCAGGGUAGUAAGAGGAUUGCCGACACUGUUGAUGGCAGGGGCAACGACACAAUUGGAGAAAUCUACACUGUCACUUUCAUCCUUCUUGAUGGCGCCAUUGUCUUGAGUCAGAUUGCACCUAUGCUCCCGCUUUUUGGGGGUGCCAUCAGCGCAUUCGGCCGUUUGCGCAAGGACAUCGAGACGCAGCCAACCAUUGACAACACCUCAACAGCUGCUGAGAAGCCUUCUGCAGUAGACGGCAAAAUCACUUUCCGCAAUGUCGAAUUCACAUAUCCUUCAAGACCCGAUCACCCCGUUUUGAACGGCAUCUCAAUUGACUGUGAGGCCGGCAAGCUCACUGCCAUCGUUGGAUUGUCUGGUAGUGGCAAAUCAACAAUUGCCAGUCUUAUUAGCCGAUUCUACGAUCCUUUGGCUGGAGAUAUCUUCCUCGACGGCUGUAACAUCAAAGAUGUCAAUGUCAAAUCCUUGAGAGGAUUCAUCAGUCUUGUUCCUCAAGAACCUUCUCUUCUGGAUCGAUCAAUCUUGGAGAACAUUGCACUAGGCCUCGUCAACUCGCCGGCUCAUUCCCACUUCGAAAAGAUACUUCUUAGCAACACUUUGGCCAACCUCACCAAGGACGUCAGGAAUGGAGAAGAUCUCACCAAUGCCGCUGAAAAGGCUGGACCCGAGGUAGCUGAAAUCCUUCGGCUUGUACAGCACGCAGCAGACUUAGCUGAUGUGGCUGUUUUCAUCGAUCGACUGGAGUUUGGCUUUGCAACACUCGUGGGUUCAAGUGGAAGCCUUGUCAGUGGUGGCCAAAAGCAGAGGGUUGCUCUCGCCCGUGCUCUUGUCCGCGAUCCCAGGGUUCUCAUUCUCGACGAAGCUACUGCCGCACUCGAUUCAGCUAGUGAACAGCGCAUUCAAGCUGCCAUCGAUCGAGCAUCACAAGGCAGGACUGUUAUCUCGAUUGCUCAUCGUCUCUCGACUAUCCGAAAUGCCUCUAAGAUCAUCGUUAUGAAGAAGGGAGAUAUCAUCGAACAGGGCACUCAUGACGAGCUUUUGGCAUUGGAUGGCUCCUACGCGGAUAUGAUACGCUUGCAGACCGUAAAGGUUUCUGAUGACGGCGCAUCAAGCUCAAGAACAAGCUUGAAUGAUGAUGAAAUCGAUCUGGUCAAGAACGAGCAUUCGACAUCAGCUGUUGCUGACACAGACGUACUCCCUGCAAAACCGGAAGACAAGCCAGAGCCGUCGAAGGGGGUCAACGGCGAGAUUGUCGCAAAGUCGAUCUCAAAGACAAUGGGACCUAUGAUUCGCCCGUACCUGCUUCUUCUUCUGGUGGCCUUCCUGGGUGCUUUGAUUGUUGGUGGGCAGUACUCCGCGUCUGGAUUGUUGUUCGGAAAUGUCAUGGGUGUGAUGUCACCUUGCAAUCCGUCGGACUAUAUCAGAUCACAAGGAGCACUACUCGCAGGCAUGUGGUUUAUGGUUGCGUGUGUAGCGUUCCUUGCCAACUUCACUAGUUGGGCAACGUUCGGACUUAUUUCAGAACGUCUCAUUUACAAAGUACGCGUCCUGUCGAUGCGUUCCCUUCUACAGCAGCCUCUGCAAUGGCACGAGUCUGAAGGCAGAAGCCCGAACCAGCUGCUGGAGUACAUCACGAAAGACGGCAACUCACUGGCCGGUUUCAGCGGUUCCAUUGUUGGUACCCUAUUCUCGGUCGUUGUCAACUUCAUCGCAGCUAUCAUCCUCUCUCACAUUGUCGCGUGGAGAAUUGCCAUUGUAUGCUUGGUAAUUGUUCCGUUGCUGCUUGGAGCUGGAUACAUGCAACUUCGCGCGAUCGGCAAAUUCACUGUAAAGCAUGCAGGUGCUUUCUCAUCGUCCAUCGGAGUCACAAUCGAAGCCGUCGCGAACAUUCGUACUGUUCAUGCUCUUUCGAUCGAGGAAGAAAUUAUCCAGACUUACCGCAGAUCUCUCGUAGCACCGCGAAAAGAGAUGGUGAAACAAAGCUUUAAGACCAACAUCUGGCUGGCGAUUGCCAAUUCUUGCGGAAGUUUCAUCUACGCCUUUGCCUAUUGGUGGGGCUCUAAGAACAUCAUUGAGGGUCGCUACGAUCAGACUGCCUUCUUUAUCAUCCUUAUCUCUAUGCUUCUAUCGGCACAGUUGUGGGGUCAGCUUUUCACCCUUGCCCCCGAGCUCUCCAAGGCCAAGGGCGCUAUCUCGCGCAUAUGCGGAGUGGUGGAUCUGGGCGACGAUCCUUCAGGAGCAGCAUCCGGCAGAUCAUCACUCGAUCUUGAUCCCAUCGACAAGGAGAAGCGGGACGUCGAAGCCCUUGCAGACUCAUCCACACCUGCAGUUCUAGGGGGAGGUGCCCGCGUGGUCUUCAAGGAUGUUCAGUUCUCUUACCCUGCACGUCCCGGUGUGCCGGUACUGACCUCGUUGUCGCUUUCUAUCCAGCCUGGCCAGUUCUGUGCCCUUGUCGGACCUUCGGGUGCAGGUAAGAGCACUGUCCUCGCGUUGCUCGAACGUUUCUACUCGCCUUCCGCUGGCAGUAUCUCGAUCAAUGGCGUCGAUAUCUCACACAAACACGGCGCAUCGUUCCGUGACGACAUUGCGUACGUACCCCAGAACAAUGUCCUUUUCCAGGGCAGUAUCAAGUUCAACAUUGCUCUUGGCGCUAGACCUGGACACGAACCAUCAGAUGCAGAGAUCCAAGAAGCCUGCGAGCUUGCCAACAUUCACCAGACUAUCGUCGAGUUGCCACAAGGGUACGAUACCGAAUGUGGUGCUAAUGGCUCGCAACUAUCUGGCGGACAGCGUCAGCGACUUUCCAUCGCACGUGCGCUCGUUCGUAAGCCCAAGUUGUUACUGCUCGACGAGAGCACAAGCGCUCUUGACGCGGAGAGUGAGAAGGCACUGGAGCUUGGUCUUGAGCGCGCUGUGAAGGGUCAUGGCGUCACAGUCAUUGCUAUUGCUCAUCGGCUACGAACCAUUGCUAGAGCUGAUGUUAUCUUUAUGGUAGACGGAGGUAAGGUGGUAGACCAAGGUCGACAUGAGGAGCUUGUUCAGAGAAGCGAGGGCUACCGUAUCAACGCUUUGCAUCAAAUGCUAGGCUAGUCGUUUGACGAGGUGCGGGUACAUGUAAUACUAU